AUGUCCUUAUAGUUCUGCAUUCAGAAAACUACUACAGAGAAAAACUUCAACUUGAAUAUGAAGAACAAAUAUUCACUAGUAGCUUGCAUGAUACUCUUAAGCUUCUUCCUUGGUUGUCAAGGAAGCAGCCUUAGCAAGAAUUUUUACCAGGAUUCCUGUCCUCAAGCCGCCGACAUAAUUAAGAGCAAAACCCUACAACAUGUCGCUGCUAAUCCCGUCUUACCUGCUAAGUUGAUCAGAUUGCAUUUUCAUGACUGUUUCGUCAGGGGUUGCGAUGGCUCGGUUUUGUUGAACUCCACUGCCAAUAACACUGCAGAGAAGGAUGCAGUUCCGAAUUUAACUUUGUCUGGCUUUAAUGUCAUUGAUGACAUAAAAGACGCGAUUGAGGCAAAAUGUCCCAAAACUGUGUCUUGUGCUGACAUAUUGGCAUUGGCUGCUAGGGAUGCUGUUUCUGCACAAUUUAACAAACCUAUGUGGGAAGUACUCACUGGUAGAAGAGAUGGUACAGUAUCGAACCGUACCGAAGCCUUGGAGAAUAUCCCGAGGCCUAGCUUUAAUUUCACCCAACUCAAACAAAGCUUUGCAAGUAAAGGUCUCACCCUGCAUGACCUUGUUGUGUUAUCAGGAGCACACACAAUUGGAAUAGGCCACUGCAAUUCCUUCAGUACCAGGCUUUAUAAUUUCACGGGAAAUGGCGGUCAAGACCCUUCUUUGAAUUCGACAUAUGCUGAAUUCUUGAAGACUAAAUGUAAGAAUCUGACUGACAACACUACGAGGGUGGAGAUGGAUCCUGGAAGCUCUAGGACUUUCGACAGUGACUACUAUCCUAUCCUUCUUCAGAAAAAGGGUCUGUUUCAAUCAGAUGCUGCUCUUAUAACACAAGAUCAGUCAAAAGGUAUUGUUGAAGAGUUGGUUGACCAAAACAAGUUCUUCACGGAGUUUGCACAGUCGAUGAAAAGGAUGGGAGACAUUGGUAUCCUCGCAGGCUCUGCUGGGGAAAUUCGGAUCAAGUGUUCCGUUGUCAAUUGAUAAAUAAGUAUAAAAGUUGAGUCUAGUAAAAGGGGAUAUAGUACUAAGUCAUGAAAGAAAGAAUAUCUCGUCAAUAAGAAUGAGAGAAUAUAUGCAUAAUGCAUGCAUGGUUUCAAAUUAUUGUGUAUUGCCUACUAUAUUUCAAUUAUGAAAAAUAAAUUAUCCAAACUUCAUUGGAGUUUAAUAACUUAG